AUGCCUUACUGGUCAUUUGGAUUUCAUCAGCGUAGGUAUGGAUGCAACAAUGUUUCAGACCUUGAAUCUGUGGUUGAUGGAUAUGCAAAAGCUGAAAUACCUCUUGAGGUUACGUGGAAAGACAUUGAUUACAUGGACGGCUUCAAAGACUUCACUUUGGACCAUGUGAACUUCCCUGAAGACAAGAUGAAAUCAUUCGUUAAUACACUUUCACAAGAAUGGUCAGAAAUACGUGCUGAUCUUGGAUCCAAAGUCUCUUGCAAAUUGAUUCAAGAGAUAGAAAACUUGGGCUUGCUUGGUGUGAAUAGCUCCUCUUACGGGACAUAUAACAGAGGAAUGGUUGCAUAUGUGUUCAUUAAACGAGAAGGUGAGCCUUAUCUCAGUGAAGUUUGGAAUGGGAAAGUAUACUACCCUCACUUCUUGAAUCCAACUGCUGCAACUUUCUUGGCCUAG